UGUAAUAGAGAAGGAAACUAUGCAUGUGGACUCUCCAAAACAGGAUGCUAAAGUUGGCAUACAAGGAGAACAUUUAAAUGAGGAGGAGACUACGAAUUUGCCAUCUCCCAUUCAACAAGCAAAUGUUAUACAACAAGGAGACGAUUGUUGUGAAGAUUUCAAUGGUGAACCGGCCGACUAUAUCAAUAUAAGUGAUUCGGACAAUGACUCCAGGUCUGGAAAAAGGGAAGUAACACUUGAUGAUUUUGAGCUGCCAGAGAACUUCUCUCAGAUUGUUAAGGCCGGUGAGCUUGAUGAAGAUGAAACAACCCCUGUGCAUCAAGGAAGAACAAGGCAACUUGGAAAGUAUACUAGAUCCCACUUUCUCCCUUUUUACAGUUCUGGGGGAAGCACUUCUAUUGGACCUCCAAUUUUCCUCAUCAAGCAUCCAUUUACUGGGGUUAUUGACGACGAUGUUGAUCUUGACUUAUUGGAAGAAUUCAAUAAGUGGUUAUACUUUGGUACCGAUACAGUUUCAAAGAGGAGGAAGGCGCUUUAUUCUUUAAAAGAUAAACAGCUCAAGCCGUGAUAUGAUCUUGGAGUGGAGAAAGUUGAUAAAAAGGAGUGGUUUUAUACUUUGGCACAUCCCAGGCAAGUCCUCAAC